AUGGCGGAGAGCGGGCCGAGGACUGAGGAGAGCGAUGAGGAGCUGCCUACUUUAGCCUCCCUGCUGCAGCCCUCGCUAUCGUCGCUGCCGCCCAGCAGGUUGGGCCACCGGCUGUCCUCGUCUCCCGCUCCCAAGCGGCCGAGGGCGACGGGGCUGGUUGUGGUGAGCAGUGGGAGCGAGGACGAGGAGGAGGAGGUCGUCCCUCUGCCCGAGAGGAUCAAGAGGAGGGCUUUGGAGCACCCCUACCCGGGCGGUGGGGAUGCAGCAGGGGGAGCUGGCCUUUGCGCUAGCGGUGACCUGUUGGCACCUGGCAGCAGAGGGCCGCAGGAUGCCCUGGUGUCGUCUGGAGAUUUGUCUUGUGGCAGCCAAAAAGCGAGGGGUGAUGCUGAGAGGCCCUCCUUGUGCCCGCUGCCAGCCUCUCAGUCUGACUCUGCAGACCAGCCUAGUAUGCCCGUGGUAAGCGGAGCAAGCCCAGAAACAUCCCCCCCUCCCAGGAAGUCAAAAUAUAGUCAGAAGGAAAGGGAGGCGAUCUGCCAGGCUGCGUGGCAGAGGAGGAAGGAGCGAGAAGCACAGAGGAGGCAGCAGGAGCAGGAAAAAGAGAGGAAGAGGGCCCUUGCCAGGAUGCUGAAAGCUCAGCGACCAGGGGAGUGCCAGAAGUACAUAACAGUGGUACUAGAUCCAGUUCUCUUACAGGUAGAAGGUGGUGGACAGAUCCUUAGUGCUUUGCAGACUGCAAAUUAUUCCUGUGUGGUUGAGAGUCAGGCUGUUCCCUGCAGCAUCACCUGGAGGCGAAAAAAUGUGUCAUUUCAGGUGGAAAAUGGAGAUGAAUGGACAGAAGAACCAAAUGUCCUGAUUCUGCUUUGCUUGGAGAAGUUUUUGUCCAUGGUUCACAACUACAAACAAGAGGCCAAGGGCUGUACGGCAGGACAGAAGGAGACCCUAGAGAGCUAUGUAGAUCACGUGAUGGAGAAAAUGCCUGGAAAAAUUCUGGCACUGGCAGUAGCUGAAGUAGAAAAUUAUUUCAGGUCUCUCACAGCUCAGUCAAAAAAGAGGCUGCAACAGGCAGCAGCGAGUGGAAACCAAGAAGAGGAACAGGGGAAACGGAGAAAAAAGAAGGUUAAAGAUUCUGACUUGGAGAUAACCAGAAUGGAUGUGGAAGAAGCCUUGGCAGAUCUGCAGGUGUGCAAACAAGUUCAAGUCAGCUUGUUUGAGAGCUGGGAGGAGCUAGGAGAGUUUGCCACUAUGUUCACAAAAGCUGUGGCUGAAGCACCAUUCAAGCGAGAGCGAGAGAAGACAGGGUUCUCUUUCUACGUAGAGAAGGGGUCAUGCAGAGGGGUGAAGGUGGAUCGUUCCGGAAAGGGUCUCUUGGAAGUUUGGAAGAGGCAGAUACAACAAUUUAACCGUGUCAGCCGCGAGAUGGCUGAGGCUAUUGUGUCUGCCUACUCUUCUCCUCUGCUUCUGACCCAGGCCUAUAGCAGAUGUUCCUCAGAGCAGGAGCGGGAAAACAUGCUGGCUAAUAUCCCUGUGCACCGUGGUGAUGGUGUGACGGCCACCUCCCGGCGGAUCGGACCAGAACUCUCCCGACGAAUCUAUCUGCAGAUGACUUCCCACGAUCCUAAUCUCUAUUUGGAUUUCACUGGGUAG